AUGGCCACCUACAGACCCCGGGUGCUCAUAGGCAACUGGAAGGAGGAUGCGUGUUUGGAGGAGGAGCGUCUAAGGGAUUUUAUGCAUAAAAGAGAACGAGGAGAACUUUUAAUACAGAAAAUAGAUAAACUUCAAGAUAACCUUUUAAAGAAGAUAAAACUGUCAGUGACUAAGGAUGGAUUUGUUCAUUUUGGAGACACCGUGAUGCUUUUGAACCCAGACAACAAAUCCUCGGUGGAGAAUAACCCUGGAGAGUGCAGCAGGCUGACUCUGGCAGUUAAUCUGGAUGAUAUAUCCAUACAUUCGGCCAUAUCAUUGCAAGCCCCUUGUGGAGUUAGCGCAACCAAGAGUGUGGAGCCCAUGGCUCGAAAUACUUUUUGUAUUUUAAGUGUUGAUGGAGGUGCAGUAGAUGAACCAAUUAGAUUUGGACAAAACUUCUGUCUUGGGACAACAGGAGGGUUUUCUGACCAAAUGUUAUAUCUAGCAAGUGACCAUAAAUCAUUUAUAAGAUCUGCUAAAAAAUCUUACCUUCAGCAAGUAUUUUUGACAGAUAAGCUUUCCUAUUUGACUUGCUGGCGAGCUACCUUCUUGGAUCCACAGCUGCGUCUUGAAUACGAAGGAUUUCCAGUUCCUGCAAACUCUAAAAUUAUUAUUACUCAUUGCCACACUAAUCGGGGCUUAGCUGUUCCAGGGAACUUUUGGGUAAGGUCUUAUUUUGGAAAAGAGUAUGAAGUAGUUUGUCACACUUACCUGGACUCCCAUAGAGCUGAAGAAGAUAAGAAUUACUGGGUGAUAGUUACAGCAAAUCCCAGCAAUGAGAAUGGUACAAUGCUUGACAGACCCAGCCCUUACCCAGGCGAGACCACAAAGAAUGAGUUUCAUGAAGAGACAUAG